AGCCAUUCUGGCUGAAUAUAUUUUUCUCGGCAUUUCGUGACAGAUACUUCUUUCGAUAGAUGGCGCCGAAAGGCGUUGGAUCGAAGCAGAAAGCUGCCAGAGCAGCUCCCAAGGCGACCGCCAAGAAACCUCCCAAGCCAGCUCCGAAGAAGGUUGCCAAACCAACUCAGGACGAUGACGAAUCGCUGCCUGAAGUGAACCCGAAGAGCCAGGAUGCCAGGAUGAAAGCCAAGACGGAGCUGGACGCUAAGAUCCUCGAGUUUCAGAGGCAGGCCAGCAACUGCAAGGAGCAAGACCCGAACUUGUUCAAGAAAAUAUUCACCAAAUCGGAGCUCAGCGCGUUGUGGGGCCGCCUCAAAGAGGCACGUAAGAAAGAGAGUAUGUCGGUGCAGGAAGCGUGGGACACUUUGUGCUCGCUCAAAGUUGGAGCUAACCAGAAAAAGAAUGACAUUCUCACGGAGUUCUUGCUCGGUAAGCCGUGGCAGUCCAGGCUCAUCACAGUUGUUCGUGAGCACGCAAAGAAGGAGACGUUCGAGAACAAGCAAAUCCCGUUGAGCAGGGGUGAACUGCAGCAGAAACUUGGAUACGAGGAGGCCGAGAGGAAGAUCGCUGCAGGUAAAUUCGAGGAAGUUGAGGACUCCGACGGGGAGAUCCUCUACAUCAAGAAGGAGAAGAGCUUCACCCAGGCAGCCAGCUCCGCUACCAAGGUGUCAGACACCAGGGCUGCCACGUGGAACGUAAUUACCAACGCAAAAAAAAAACGAAAACGUUUGAGCCAACACGUUUCAAAAUUUUCAACUUGA